CGGAACCACCCUCGGGUCCGCACGCGUGCGCUACGACGGCUUCGUCUGCGCGUCUCUCGCCCUUCACGCCGUCGCCUGCCCUGUCAAUCCCUAUGCGUCCUCUUCCCUCAUCCCUAUUUAGUCACGCCUUCCCCGAUCGACCUACCUUCUUCAUCGAGCCAUUGCCAAUCCCCGCCUCCACCUCCUCACUCCUCACUCACACCACACGGCUCAUCUCUUCUCCCCCACAUCCAGCUCAACCACACUACCAAGGCAGACUCCAUGGAUGAGGUGGAUUCUUCGCCGCCUUACUCGCCGCCGUCGCUGCGCCACAAGCUGCGGACCACCAUGUGCGGCUGCUUCGGCUCGCCGUCGCCGCACACCGGCGCAGGCAGAACCAGGUGGAGACGGCGCGUGGUGCCCGCGGGGGAGUUCAGGUACGACCCGCUCAGCUACGCGCUCAACUUCGACGACAGCGGCAGCGACGAUGGCGACGCCGACGCGGAGGACGCCGCCUUCCGGCACAGAAACUUCAGCUCGCGCCUGCCGCCCUCCCCGACGCCGGCCUCCCGAGCCGUCGCCACCGCCUGAAGUCCUGAAUCGUACUAGUAGUAGCGACCGUCCUUGUUAACUUUACGUAGCUUCUGUCUCUCUCUGGUUUUUCUUCUUCUCUCAGCGAGACUGAAUGGCUACAUCUGUAAAAGCAGUUCAGUUAUACGGCCUGGGAUACGUACUGAGGAGUA